AUGGGGAUGCUAUGGCGUGCCUUACAGGUACUGUUCGUGUGGUACCUGCUCAUCGUUGGUGUGCAACUUCACGCUGCGUUUCGUGCUCCUCGGUGUCCGAUGGACGUUGGCAAGCGACCUUGCUACCGCCCUCUCUUUCAGGAGCAUGAACUAGUGAACAUCUCCGUUUUUCUCACAACGGAGAAAGCGCUGCAGUGGUGGACUGACGAAGGCUAUGCGCAACUGGUGCAUGUGUUGAAUGCAACAGUGUCAUUCGGCGAAUCUUCGCAGCUUAGGACGACCCUGCCGCUUUCAAGUCAACUUCUUCAAGGCGUUCGCCGCAACGAGUCCGUGCUCUACGUCCACUGCUUCGUUGUCAGAGACGGUUCCAGGCUGGCAGAGGAGAUUCGCACCGGGCCAAUUCCCGAAUUGCCGGGCGUCAUCAGCGAGCAUGUGUUGCAUACGACAGCCCAGAUAGUGAGGCACCAACCACAGGUUCAACGUAGUCGGCGAAAUCUUCUGGCACAGCACAAUGACACUAGUGCUGCAGAGACUGCAGUCGAGGUGACUUUGAUUCCGGGCUGGAACUUUGUGAUUUAUCCAAGAAGCUGUGCUUACUGGGCGGUAUCCCUCUUCGUGGUGUCCUACUUUUCUGAGCCUACGCUGGCUCUGGCGGGUGUGCGACAUGGUCUGCUCGCCAUUGUAGUGCCCUUCCUGCUUCAGCUUUCGACGGGUGAGGCAGAAUCUGGGAAAGCAGCCGCUCUUGAUGCAUUUCAGCUGUCUACCCCAGCUCCAAUCGUGCCGCAUCUGGUCCCUUUUUUCCGCAUUGAAGUCGCAACUGAUUUUGAGGUUUAUGACGGAAGGCAUCCACCGCCACUUCUGUACAAGGCUUUUGUUGUUGAACAUUCCUCUCUGCGAGAACGUGACGUGCGAUACACGGUGUUGGCGCCGAGGCAUGCAGAAGGACCGCACUAUGCCCCACCUUUCUCCGUGGACACGGCGAGUUUCCACUCGAAAUCUUGGACACCAGUGGAUCACAACGCCUCGAGGCUUGAUCCGGAGAUGACAAUUGAGGUGGAAUUCACAGGCAUGAUCAAGCACAGUAUCGUGCAAACUUUACGGGAGGCCAUGAAAAUGUACAUGCAUAUGGGCGUUCGAGAGCGCGACCUCGAGGAUUUGAAGGAGUUUUUUUUCCGACAGCCACUUCACAUCCUGAUUGCCUAUCAGGUCAUCGGAAUCCUGCAGACGACUUUGCGAAUGCUCGCAUUCAAGAAUGACAUCACGUUCUUCAAAGGACGCUCUGACUACACCGGCCUCUCCAGUCGAUCCCUUGCGACGGACCUUGUGCAGGAGAUCGUCAUAUUCUUGUAUCUCUAUGAUUUCGACAGCAUCUCACGACUACUGUUGCUCCAACUUGGUAUGUCUGCUGCCAUCAGCUUCUGGAAAUAUGCACGUGUAGCACGACUUGGGACGAGGUGGCUGUAUUUCUUGCCCUGGGCUACUUACGGCCGUUGCACUGCCAGUUCGCCGGCAUUGCCAAAUUCUCCUCAGGCAGAUGAGACUUCGACAGAGGAGGCAGAUGAGAGGGGCAUGCGCUACCUCAAGUACGUUUUGUAUCCGCUUUCGGCAGGUUGGGGUUUGUACAGCUUAUACCAUUACUCAUACAAAAGUUGGUGGAGCUGGGUGAUUUCCAGCAUGGCGGAUUUCGCCUACACAUUUGGCUUUGUGAACAUGAUGCCGCAGAUCUUCAUCAACUACAAAUUGAAAUCAGUUGCCCAUAUGCCCUGGCGUGUUUUGGUGUACAAGUUCUUCAACACCUUCAUUGAUGAUAUCUUCGCUUUCGUCAUUGCUGCAGACCAGAUGACGAACAAGCACAGGUACAUGACCUUGCGUGAUGAUGUGAUCUUCUUCAUUUUUCUUUACCAGAGGCAUAUCUACAAGGUGGACCCAAAUCGCCCCGACGAGUUUGGCAAUGUCUAUGACGACAAUAUGGAUGUACACAAGAAAGCCAGCUGA